AACCAAAAGCUAUAGAAAAGCCUUCGUUUCCCAGAAUCCUUUGAGACGUACAUGCGUUUGACGUCACGACUAUAUAAAUUGCUCCAGAGAGGAAUUUCUUCCUCCAUUGUUACGUUGUAACAAUCGGGGCCGGGGCGAGCCGGGGGAGAAAAGCGUCUUCUCGUUUGACAUUUUGCAACCAUUUAAGACCUCACGAAAAAGAGCAACCCGCGAUCUGAAAGCGAGAAGACGUCGAAGUGAUCCCAGCCGACCGAAUCCGCCCCGGUGAGGAAAAAAAAGAAGAAAAAAAAGCAGGAACAGACGAACACAAAUGUCAGUGGAUUUCUCCAUUACAGCCACUUAAAAAACAGAUCGGAAAGAUUAAAAACAUUCUGCUGCUUUGAAAAAAAAUAUAUGCCAUAAUAAUAAUUGUGCCAAAAAUGUUCGGAGUAGAACCGCAGCAAACCAGAUGACGCCCCUUUCUUUCCGUGUUCGGUCAUUUAAAUGGAGAGGUAUGCAAUAUUUAAAUAAAAUCCGCCCUUGUGUUCGCCUGCUGUAGAUCUUUUUUAAACAAUGAAACCAAGAAGUAGCCUGAUCUAGUUAGACGUUGCAAAGCGACAAUCAAGUCACCAAUGCUCCGCGGCUGCAGACCGGAUACGCGGCUCAGGGAUCUGGCUUUUUGGGGCACAAUAAGCUUCUGAAAGGGCGUUGAAAGAUUGAUGCGCAGUGGGUUCUGGGAGGAAAAAACGACCCCCCCGAGUCGGCUGGAUCAAGGGUUGCCCCCCUCGUUUUCUGCUGGAGAAAUACAAGGAAUCUGGAAAACUUCACCUGCACUGUUCAGUACCAGGUAUUUAUCUCUGAGUCUUGGCUAAAGAUAUCUUGGAUCAAUUUUCGUGAAUCGGAUCGUUCAAAAAUAUCGACUGUGAAUUGUAUCAUCAAUUUAUGAUAUCAAUCGUAUCAUUAAAAUGAAUUGUUACACCCCUUCUUUCUUGAUUAAGUAUUAUCUUGAAUAUGGAUUUCAUGUAUGUCAUGUAAUGAAUGCUUAUAGUUUGAGUCUGUAAAUCCUUGACCUUGAUUGAUCUUCAGAUUGGAUGGAUUCUGCUAUAAGCAACCUCAUGUUGUUUAUUGAUGGCUUAUAGCAGAAGUCGUGCUUGUAAACCAGGCUUGCCUAGUUGCCAUAGUUACGUUUCAAGGCUUUGAUAAUUCAUAAAAAAGAUUUUAUAGCUGAGAGGUUAAAAUGAAGGAGGUGGGAUGCGGACGACCUGACUGCACAGAUGAUUGUGGUCUUAACACUUGGAUAUGAAUGACCUAGUUACCAACAAAAUGAUUCUUCGCACCUCGUUUCUAAGUAUUUACUAGAGCAGACCGUGUGUUUUCUUUGUAGCUCGACCUGUGCUGCUGCUUUGUCACCCUGAGGUUUCCAUGGAGGCAGUUUCGUCCCUAAGCCUUAAACGACGAUACGAAGAGGUGGACAACAUCUCUCCGUGCUCCACGCCGAAGGACUCCGACGAUGACAUCUCCAGCAGUGACAGCGCUGAUAGCUGCGACAGCCUCAACGCCCCCUGCAGCACCGCCUUCACCCCCACCUCCAUCCUGAGGCAGAAGAAGCCGUCGCUCGGGGGGAAGCGCGUCCGCUUCGACCUGGUCACCGUCUACUACUUUCCCCGGCGGCAGGGCUUCACCAGCGUGCCCAGUCAAGGCGGGAGCUCUCUGGGCAUGGCCCGGCACCACUGCUCCAUCCGGCAUUACACCCUGGGCGAGUUUGCACGGGAGCAGGAGAGCAGCCACCAGCACACUUUGAGGCAGCACCUGCGCCAGGAGAAGCUCAACGCCCGCAAGAUGAAGCUGACGAGAAACGGCACGGUGGAGUGCGCUCAGGCCGACCUUCUGACUCUGGAUGACGUGUCGGACGAGGACCUGGACGUGGAGGCCGUGGAGGUGGAUGACUGCUUUUUCCUGCAGCCGUUGCCCACAAAGCGCCGGCGGGCUCUGCUGCGGGCCUCCGGGAUCGCCCGCAUUGACGCGCGGGAGAAGGCCGAGCUCAGAGCCAUCCGCCUCUCCAGGGAGGAGUGCGGCUGCGACUGCCGUUUGUACUGCGACCCCCGGCACUGCGGCUGCAGCCAGGCGGGGAUCAAGUGCCAGGUGGAUCGGAUGUCAUUCCCGUGCGGAUGCUCGAGGGACGGCUGCGGCAACAUGGCGGGCCGCAUCGAAUUCAACCCCCUGCGCGUCAGAACUCACUACCUGCACACCAUCAUGAAGCUGGAUUUGGAGAAACGGCGGAUGCUCAUAAGCGAGGCCGGGGAGCAGUACGCCGAGUCCGACCCGACCUCCUCCCCCUCCUCCACUUGCCCCACGUCCCCGACUCUGUCCACCAGCACCGGCCUGGACUCCGAGCUGGAAGAAAGCGAGAUCCAGGCGGUCGAGGAGGUCCAGGAUUUCAUGGCGGAGCAGGACAUACUGGAGCGGGAGAACGAGACGGCCGUGCUGCACCUGCAGAGUGCUGUGGAGCAGGAGCGAAGGGAGAGGGAGGAGGCAGAGGGGGAGGCGGUGCAGCGGGAGCUGAGUGGCCCCGCCCAGCAGCCCCUCUGCCUCCUGCCCAGUGCCUUGAGGGAGGAGCUAACCGAGCAGGGAGACGUGCCGGUCGUGGAUCAGGUCCUCCUGCAGGGGCCCUUCCCCACAGGGGCCACCGUGCUGUGCAUCUCCGACCACCAGGAGGAGAGUCCCUCUGACCUCCUCAAAGACUCCACCCCUCUGCUCUACUACCAGCUCAGCCCCAUCGAGCCCGGCGCCUUCGAGACUCUGCCCAAAUCGGAGGAAGAGGAGCAGGAGGCGGAGUUUGCCGAGAGGAAACUAAUAGAAGAAAUGAAAGAUGAAGGAAUCAGCUCCAGCAGACGUGGGGGACCUCUAACUAGCGUGGCUUUCCUCUCAGAGGAGCAGAGCCUCCCAAAGGAGCUGGAAGAGCCCCGCUCGGAGCGAGAAGCAGACCCACUGCCUCCAGAAGUUUAGCGUCAACUUCUCCGCAGAUAUUUUGCACAACCGCGUCAUCUUAGACGAGAAAGCUUCAUUAUUUCACUGCUCUCAUCACCGCAGGUUCAAGUGUCGCUGAAAUGUGUGCAGAACAGAGAGAGAUGCUGAAAGCACAUGCAGAUCACUCCCAAAAAACAAAAGAAAAAAUCAGCUCUUAAAGGCAGCAUUGUUGUGGGAGGGGGAUUCAUGGGGCCUUAAUGGAAGGAAAAUGUACGAAGGGGCGCUGCAUGUUUGUUCUUUUAAACACACUGCUGACUUAAGCCUUUCUCCGGGUGAUGAAUGAAGCUGCCGACACUAAACACAAAUGGGUUUGCGGCGUGCCUCGCUGUCCGUUAACAGCACGCCGUGCCGAACGUGGAGCCAAAACGAAGGCCUCUGAUUAGUAUCAUCUGCUAAAUAUAGACCUAAUAAUCCUGGAAUUACUUGUCUUUGUGUACUGUAUAUGCAUUUGCAAUGUGCAAGAGAGCUGCUCUUCUGACCUGUAUGCACAUUGAGGAGCGAGGACGCCUUAGCUGCUGCUCCGGCUGGACUGCUUCUCGUACGAGUGCAGUCGAGAAAGAAAAAAAAUGUUACUUAUAGAUGAAAUCCAGAUGAAAUCUUUGGUUCAUAUGUCUUUUGUGGAUUAGUUGCUGUUUGUUUUUCUUUGUUCUCUCAUACCUUAUCGUGCUGAAAAACUGGCGUCACCGAGAGCUGAUUCUGAAUCGAGCCAAAUGUCAACGAUGAAGACAAUAACGGGAACCAGCUUUUUACUCAAAUGUGACGCCACUUUUGGUUUUGUGCAACUGUUGUGUGUGGCAUAUUCGUGUCUGUGCUCUUAUGUGUGUGUGUGCAGUAGAAGGGAAAGGGAGGAGUGUGUGCCUGCAUGUGUGUGUUUAGAUUUGAGGAUAAAAAACCUGGAAGGUGCUGAUGUCGGCGAUCUUUUUUUUUUUUUUUUUCCUGCCACCGUGAAAUCAUGAAACCAGAACGCGCCCCCUUUUAGAGGGAGGGGGUGUCGACGCAAUAUGUGAUUAGAGAUUGAACUCUUUUUCGUGAAAGACUAUAAAUGCUAGCGUUUCAUUUUUUUCGAGCUACGUCUGAGUAAUACUGAUCUGCGUAAGCAAGCCGACACUUUUUACACCAAGUCUAUGUUUUGUCGCCUGAAGUUCCUGCCGUCGCCCACGGCAACAGCUCGCCCGACACAGGAUGCACUUCUGUGUAUAAGCUGUCUGAUGUAUUUGUUUGCCUCUUUUAUUGUCUUAAUAUAAUCCUGGUUUCAAACCUAACUAUGUAAUGCUCCCAUCAUCCAUCAAACUUUAAAAAAAAAAUGUAAAAAAAUAAAACAAUUGCAGCCUCUGGUCGUCGUGGUGAGGCUGCAGAUUUAUUCUAGCUUUUUUUUUUGUUUGCGUGACUUGACUUGAUAUAGUACCAUCUUUGAAGUGCCGAUGGUGACACGCUGUUGUGAAGCUUCUGUCUUUGGCUUUCUACUAAUAGAUUUAGGUUUGGGACCACUGCGCCUCAUCUGCGGCAGUACUCUGUGAUUGUGUGUUUCUACGUGUGAGAGGGGUGUGCGACUGUUGAGGAAACUUCAUUUCAAAGCUGAGAUCGACUCUCAUAAUAACUGUUGCCUAAAGUGGCCAAAAGGGUUUUAUACAAAACAUAAAAAAAGACAAAAAGAAUAAAGUUCACCUUGAGAAAAAA